AUGAUUCUUUAGAGUAGAGAAGAAAGAAGAAAUAAUAUGAAAACAGAGGGACAGAUCUUUUUCUCUCUCCUAGGGUGAUAACUGCCUAGAGAGAGAAAACGCGUUCUGACUAUCGCAACCCAGUUUUCCGAUGGCGCGUUCUCGCCGGAAUUCGAUCCCGAUCCAGUUACCCGCAAGCUCUGAUUUCACUUUAGUUCACCAUCCAGUUUCAGACGGUGAUGCAUCUUCCCCAUCCGUGGAGAUGCUUCGUGCAAAGCUCAGUGCCGAGGUUAAAGCGGUCACAGGCAAUUUGGCUUCUCCUACGGCUAACCUAGGUCCUUCCUCCUCUAGUGCGGUACCAACUGUUUCUUCGAUUGGUGCUCCGAUAGCUGCUUCUCCGACGGUAUCAACUUCUUGGGCUGAUGUUGUGGCCAAUAAUUUUGAUUCAAGUACUCUUUCUUAUCACCCCCCUGAGUUGCGCGAUGGCAAGAUAGUUGUGAAACCUCCCUGUUCUGUCUAUGAUGAGGGAAUCAAAUCUUGGGAGGAUUGUUUGGUGGGUUCUUUCAUGAGUCUUUCUUCGCCAAAUUACGAAGACAUUGUACAUACUGUGAAUAAACUCUGGGGAAAGAAGGGUAAAAUCUCAGUCACUGGGGUGGGUAGCAAUACAUUUUUGUUCAAAAUACCUGAUCCUGCGACAAGGGAGUGGAUUCUUAGAUCAAAAGUUCCUUGGCAUGUUAAUCAUAAGACUCUGCAUCUCAGAAAAUGGCAACCAGGUACAGAAUUGACAAAGGUAAAGCCAUCCAAGAUACCUAUUUGGGUUAAGCUGUGGAACGUACCCAUGGCCUUGUAUACUCCCCAAGGACUGGGUUAUAUUGCUAGUGCAAUUGGAGUUCCUAUUUCUCUAGACAAAAAUACAGAACAGCGUAUUCAGCUAAGCUUUGCACAAGUAUGUGUAGAAGUUGAUCUUGACAAGGUUCAUGAUCUUCCUGAUUCAGCUUUUGUUGAUGAUGAUGAUAAAUCGUCCAUAGAAAUCCCUUUUGAAUACACAUGGCUGCCUGUGAAAUGUGAUAUCUGUAAGAAGGAGGGACAUACCAGUAAAAGCUGUACUAAACAAGUAAAACCAGUACAAAAGCAAGAGUGGAAAGUUGUUGCAAAGAAAAAUAAAGAUGAGAAAACUUCAAAUGAGGCUGAAAAGCAUCCAGAUGUUUCUGCUUCCGAUAUUCAGACAUUACAAAUUCAGAUUCCUGCCUCACAAAGCGCAACAUGCCCAGAAAAAGAGAUCCAAGUGGUACAGUUGACAUCAGUGUGUGCUAGUGAUGUACCAGUUAUUGCCUCCCCAUUAGUAUCAGCGCCUGCCAUUCAGAGUGGAGCAAUUCCCACUGAAAAUUCCUUUGCUGCGCUGGAUUUGGCCCGGCAGGAAAAUGCUUCUUUGAUUGAGCCAAGGAGGACUAGAGUGGCAUCCCAGGGUGUAGUUGCUGCUACAAGGGCUUUGUUACCUAGACAGAAGCAGUCAAAGAAGAGUUCUAACUCCUCAAGUGAGUAUAAUGCUGACAUUGUUGUUCUCUUAGAAACUCGAGUUCAGCAGCCAAAGUUUCUGGAUAUCUCUAGUUUCCUUCUUCCAAGUUGGGUAGUGCACUGUAACUAUGAACAUGCAAGGCUAGGCAGGAUUUGGUUGCUUCACAAUCCACAUAUCAGAAUUACUAUCUCCAAUAUGAAUUUCCAAGCCAUUCAUUGCCAUGUACUGGACACUUUGACAGGUCAAUAUUUUUUCCUAAGUGCCAUAUAUGCUGAUCCAUAUGAUGAUAGUGUAAGGCAAACUUUGUGGAAGGAACUGGUUCUCAUAAGUCAGGCACUCCCAAACUUCUUUCAUAAUCAAUUAAAUGAGGCUGAAUUACAUGACUUGACAUCCACGGGCUCCUUUUACACUUGGACAAAUAAGAAGCUCUCUGAAAAAUUGGAUAGACUCAUGGUGAAUGAAGCAUGGCUAGAUGCAUUUACAAAUUCAAAAGCAGAAUAUUUACCUCCUGGUUGCUCUGAUCAUUGUGCAGGGUGUGUUGAAAUAUCUUUGCCAUUGGUUAGCACAAGAAGAAAGCCUUUUAAGUUCUUUAACUUUUGGGCUAAGCAUGAGGAAUUCUUGGCACUUGUAAAGCAGACAUGGGACUCCACUCAGGUGACUGGAUGCUAUAUGUUUCAGCUCUGCAAGAAGUUGAAAGCUCUAAAACCUGUUCUGAAAAAGCUUAACAAGAAGAGUUAUGGUGAUAUACAGUACCGGCUUCAACAAGAAAGGGAUAGAUUGCAUCUUAUUCAGAGUGAUCUCCUAGCUAGCCCAAAUGAGGAUAUGGCUCAGGUUGUGCAUGAACAGGCACAAAAAGUGGCUGAUUUGCAACUAGCAGAGGAAUCUUUUUUCAAACAAAAAUCAAGAGUUAAGUGGUUACAGGAGGGUGACAAUAACACCACUUAUUUCCAUAAAAUGGUUAAGGUGAGAAGAAGUCACAGUACAAUAAAAUCAUUGUAUACUCUUGAGGGUAGGGAGCUAACUAGUUUACCUGAAAUGGAAAGCGAGGCAGUGCAAUUUUAUCAAAACCUCUUAGGAGCUGUCGAUACUAAUUGUAAAAUUGCAGAUAGUGACUGGCUUAAGGAUCUUCUUGACUUUCAACUUCCAAGUGCAGUUUGUGAUAUGCUCAUCCAACCUAUUGCUGCAGAAGAAAUUAAGGGUAUUAUCUUUCAUAGCCCAAGCAACAAGGCGCCUGGCCCUGAUGGGUAUACUUCAGAGUUCUAUAUAGCUGCUUGGCCUGUAGUGGGAGAGUUGGUGACAAAAGCUAUACAGGAAUUCUUUGACAGUGGGAAAAUUUUGAAGGAGAUGAAUUCUACACUUAUAACUUUAGUCCCUAAAAUUCCUAAUCCUACAAAGAUGACAGAAUAUCGACCAAUAUCAUGCUGCAACUUGGUUUACAAGUUCAUUACAAAAAUUCUUGCAGAAAGACUAAAGAAAUGUUUGAGCCUCUUUAUUAGUAGAAAUCAGUGUGCUUUUGUUGAAGGGAGACUAAUGGUGGAGAAUGUGAUCCUGGCACAGGAGAUUGUGAAACAUUAUCACAGGCAGCAUCUCAGCCCAAGAUGUGCACUCAAAAUUGACUUGAUGAAAGCAUUUGACUCCAUACAUUGGGAGUUUAUUUUCCAAGUAUUAAUAGCCUUGGGGUUUCCUGCUCAAUUUAUUAAGUGGCUAAGGGCAUGUAUUACAACUCCCAUGUUUUCUGUGGUGUUCAAUGGAAAUUUAGCAGGUUAUUUCCCUGGGAAAAAAGGCGUCAGGCAAGGUGACCCCCUGUCCCCCUACAUUUUUGUUAUUUGCAUGGAGGUAUUAUCUAGAAUGAUAAAUAAGGCUGCUGUAGAAGGUCAGAUUGCAUACCACCCGAAAUGUGCCAAGGUUCUAUUUGGGUUGCUUGGGUUCAUGCUUACUUUUUAAAAGGCAAAAGCUUUUGGUCAGUAAAAAUCCCAAAUGAUGCAUCUUGGGGGUGGAGAAAAUUGCUUAAACUCAGACCACAAGCCAAGAAACUUAUGCUGCAUUCACUUGGUGAUGGGGAGGAUACCUUUCUUUGGUUAGAUCAUUGGCACCCUUCAGGUCCCUUAAUAGAUGUAUAUGGUGAUAGUGUCAUGAAGAGUUCAGGACUGCCAUACAAUGCAAAGGUAUCAACUGUUGUGCAAGGAAAUUACUGGAAUUGGCCUCUCGCUCGAUCCCAACAGCUUGUUCAGAUCCAAAUGGCCCUUUUUGAUAAGCUCUACCCAAAGGAAGGGGUAAAGGAUUCUAUAAUCUGGUUACCAUCUAGAUCAGGCACUUUCAAUACAGGAAGUACAUGGCAUUGGCUACGGGCAAAACAGGACAAAGUCCCAUGGCAUAGACUGGUUUGGUUUUCGCAAUCAAUCCCUAAACACAGCUUCAUUAGUUGGUUGGCAAUACAUGAUAGAUUGGCUACAAGAGCUAGGCAAAAGAAAUGGGCAGCCAACAUAAAUGAUACAUGUCUAUUUUGCAAUUUUGAGGCAGAAACAAGUGCACACCUCUUUUUUAAGUGUAGUUGCACAAAGCAAGUUUGGCACAAAUUAUGUGAAAUGGUAGGAAUUCCUUUCACUGAUGCAUGGCAAAAAUUAUUAGCAUGGAUGGGGAAGAAAGUUAGAAGGAAGUCAUUAUACACUAUUCUCAUUAAGUUGUCAUGGACUGCAGCAGUUUCCCAUAUUUGGAGUGAAAGGAAUAGGCGAGUUCAUCAACAAAGCUUUCAAUCAAUGGAAAAAAUUGUU